AUGAACUCGCAAGGAAAUUUCAUUAUUAAUGGUCACAAUAAGGUGGUAGUUUUUCAUGCCAAAAAACCGCUGGCUCUUGAAUUGAAGUUUCUUAAUUCUGGACUAGUAGUCAACUUGUUAGAUGUCCUAAAAACAUUUUCCGUUUCGCCCGAAUUGCUAAAAUCAUUGUUUGAUGAAGAAAGUUUAAACAUUGCUGAUUAUCAGGAGGCUCAGGAAUUAGAAAUUGGAGUUAGUUUGCCGCAAUUUUUAUUUACUAACAGCAAAGGAAACUCUUACUUUAAUAUUGGAAAAUUGGGACGAAAAAAAUGUAAUCAAAAGAUGGACAUUGUUGAACAAUUAAAAGGCCAAACAUUAGCCGAAGAUUUGACUGAUAGUAAUGGCAAGGUUCUGUUGAAAAAAAAUGCUAUUUUCGAGGAAAAAAAUCUGCAAAUAUUACAGAGCGCUCUCCAAAAAAAAAAAAUAGCGGGAGUGGUGGUUCCUCACUCUACUAAUGAUUUAUAUGUUGUUAAAGUAAAAUCACCGCGAAAUGAAGAAAAAACUAUUUCGGUAGUUGGGAUUGCGGACAAAUUGUCCGAAGAAAAAACUUACUUUGAUGUGGCUGAUUUGAUUUGUGCGGUGGCGGGUUAUAUUAAUUUACAUCACGGUUUAGGUAACGCCGAAAAAGAGGAAGAUGAGGAUAAAUUAGAAAAUCAAAUCGUCCGCCGGGUCGGUGAUUUAGUUUACAAUAUUUUUGACAACAAAUUAGGCGGAUUUUUGCAAGAUAUCGAUAACAAAUACCUAGCUUAUAUUUCGCAAUUAAAAAAA